UAGUCAAAAGCUAUCAAACAGAAACAGAAAAGCUCCAAAUCUCUCUCAUCACUCUCUCUCUCUCUAGAAAGUCUCUCUCACUGUGUUUGCUGCGAUGUCAAAGAGCGAUUUGGUUUCCAAAGGCUCGGGAGACGGCGCCGCCGGCUCCAUGGAGGAGCUGAAGAAGGUCUUCGACAAGUUCGACAAGAACGGCGACGGCAGGAUCUCCUGCGACGAGCUCAGGGGCGUUUUCGGCGAUCUCGGUUCCGAGACGGCCUCACUGGAGGAGGUCCAGCGCAUUAUGGCUGAGUUCGACAAGGACGGCGACGGUCACAUUGACAUCGAGGAGUUCGCCGAGAUCAUCAAUGGCGGAUCCACCAAGGAGCUUCGCGACGCGUUCGACCUCUACGAUCUCGACAAGAACGGGCUGAUCUCCACGAGUGAGCUGCAUGAAGUGCUGAAGCGGUUGGGGCAGAAGUGUUCGCUCAAGGACUGCGCGAAGAUGAUCAGCUCCGUCGAUGUCGACGGCGAUGGCCACGUCAACUUCGCCGAGUUCAAGAAGAUGAUGACUCGCAAAUAAAGCGAUUGAAGCGAAUGGAUCGGUAAAGCAACAUAACAGUACAAAAAAUUAGUUAGUAUAAAAUUAGAGUUUAAUUAGGGAUUUGGAUUUAAAUAUCUUAGAGAUUGACGUAGUUAAUUUUAAGGUAUACAAAACCUAUUGAAGUAUUACUGGUGCUAAUUGUUCGCGUUUUCAAAUAUUUUUCUUCUGGUUUGUUCUAUUUUGCUUUAUCUUCUUUUAAUUUUUUAAUUUUAUUUUACGGCUAAUGGUUUGUUUGCUUUGUUGAAUUCAACUGCAAAAUUUAGAGUGAUUUCAAUGUGUUUAGUCGUUAAAUUUGAUUUCCACACGUUUUUGCAGUUGAAGAAAAAUGGUGAAAAUUAAAUUAUUAUAUUUGGUUUUUAUUUAAUA